GGGGCCGUCCGCCGGAAGGGGCGGGGCGGGCGGUGAGUGUGCGGAUUUGAGGCAGCGCCGGGGCCGCCAUGAGCUACGACCGCGCCAUCACCGUCUUCUCUCCCGACGGGCACCUCUUCCAGGUCGAGUACGCGCAGGAGGCCGUCAAGAAGGGCUCCACCGCGGUUGGAGUAAGAGGAAAAGAGAUCGUAGUUCUUGGUGUGGAAAAGAAAUCUGUUGCAAAGCUUCAGGAUGAACGAACUGUGCGGAAGAUCUGUGCCCUUGAUGAAAAUGUCUGCAUGGCUUUUGCAGGGCUCACAGCUGAUGCCAGAAUAGUUAUUAAUAGGGCUCGUGUGGAAUGUCAGAGCCAUAGACUUACUGUGGAGGAUCCUGUCACUGUGGAAUACAUCACCCGUUACAUCGCUAGCCUGAAACAGAGAUAUACUCAGAGUAACGGCCGCAGACCUUUUGGGAUCUCUGCCCUUAUUGUGGGAUUUGACUUUGAUGGAACUCCAAGACUGUAUCAAACUGACCCCUCGGGCACAUACCAUGCUUGGAAGGCUAAUGCCAUUGGUAGAGGAGCCAAGUCUGUGCGUGAAUUCCUGGAGAAAAAUUAUACUGAUGAAGCCAUUGAAACGGAUGAUCUAACCAUCAAACUUGUCAUCAAAGCACUUCUUGAGGUUGUACAGUCAGGUGGGAAAAACAUUGAGCUGGCAGUUAUGAGAAGAGAUCAGCCACUCAAGAUAUUAAGUCCUGAAGAAAUUGAGAAAUAUGUUGCUGAAAUUGAAAAAGAAAAGGAAGAAAACGAAAAGAAAAAACCGAAGAAAGCAUCAUGAUGAAUGAAACGGUUGUUUAGAUGCUGGUUUUUAAAAUUCAAAUCAUGGGUUAAUUCUAUAGACAACAUGUAGGCAUUCCCUUUAUUCGUACUGUGCCCCUCUGAGACCUACAAUAAACCUACUGAUUCUUUUUUUUUUAAAGAAA